AUGAGCCGCUUCACUGACAUUGAAUUUUUACACAAUUUUUGGAUGACAAAAAGAAUUUUUGCUUACAUCUGUGAACAACUUUCUCCAACUCUCGUAAGGCAAAAUACAAAUUUCCGCCACCCUGUUCCUGUAAACAAGCAUGUUGGAACUGGGCUGUAUUGGCUGGCAACUGGUACUUGUUUACUUACUGUCGCAAACCUUUUUGGUAUUGCCAAGUCAACAGUCUGCAUAAUACUACAUGAGUUCUGCUGUGAAGUACGUCAGGUACUCCUACCAGAAUAUAUCAAGAUGCCCAAGGGAGAUGACCUGCACGAAGUGAUCAUGGGCUUUCGACAGAAGUGGGGUUUUUCCUAUGUGCGGAGGGGCAAUUGA